UCAAGUGACCUCAUUGUUUCUGGUUAACACGGAACGAGUAGCGCGCGCUUUGUCAAACUGUCUGCAGGUGCUUUUUUUUUUCUUCUUCUUUUUCCAUUUCACAAACGCCAUGUCUUAUCGCCAUAAACACAGCGGUGCUGGUGAUUACAGGACUCAGGACAACAGAAACAAAGGACCAAGAUGGUCUCAUUGCAGAAAACGGGAUUCUGAUGGGAAUGUUCGAAAGUCACACGAGUCUGUGACCGACAUUUCAGAUAGAGGAUCAAACAGGCCAGAAAGUUUCACAACUCCAGAGAGUGGAGAACCUGUGUCGCGAAUCAGAGACUGGGCAGAGGAGGUGGAGAAUGAUGAAAUGCUCAAUGAUGUUCGACAGGACAUGAAGCGUUACAGACGACGGAUACUGACAGAGUUUGGUCAAAGAGAGAGGAAAACGUCAUCUGGAAGUUCAGACUCUCAAGAUUCCAGAGACUCCCCUGUUCCCGGAGACAUUGAGACUGAUGAGGCCGUCCUCAUGAGGAGACAAAAGCAGAUUAAUUAUGGGAAGAACACUCUUGCCUAUGAUCGAUACAUUAAAGAAGUGCCAAAGCAUUUGAGAAAACCAGGGGUUCAUCCACGAACUCCCAACAAAUUUAAGAAAUACAGCCGCCGCUCUUGGGACCAGCAGAUAAAGCUGUGGAAAGUCAAACUUCAUGCUUGGGAUCCCCCUGCUGAAGAAGACAGCGAUCUGCAAGCUGUAGAUCUGGGUGAAGUCAUGGACUUUGAGCUGGAUGUGGAGUGCUCAGUGGAUCCUGAAACGGACGCAUCAAGUUCAAAAUCUAGUUCAUCGUUCCCUGAGGACUCUGGAACCCCCCACAAAUUGAUGAAGAUGGAUGAAGUUGAGAUGGCUUAACUGAACUCAUCACUGAUGCUCCAAUAAUGCGAACUGUUAACGCACUGAUCCUCGCAUGAUUUUAUUGUUAAUACUCUUUUCUGUUCCUCUCUUUCCUUUUUUUCAAAUACAUCUCCCUUUUUCCUUGGUCAAUGCAAAUCCAUGUAAUGUUAGUUAAAUAUAAAAAUUACUGAUUUAUAAAUUGUUCUCAAUAUGGACAGGUUUUCCACAGUGUUCAUUUCCCAUAUGAUUGUUGUAAAGUACUGCUUUUAUUUUUGUAGUGUUGUAAAUUUGACAUUUGUGUUAAAUAUUUAACCAGGUGUUUUAUAAGGACCAUUUUGAAAUAAAGAAAUGAAACGUUCAAA